AUGGCAGGUGCCUCAACUCAUACUACUUCUGCUGAAGACGCCGAGCUGUCUCGUCUAGGGCUCGAGUCGCUGGCAAAACGAGACAUUGGGCCUUUGGCUAUUGUUGGAUUAGGAUGGAACAUCUGUAACAGCUGGUCCGCAAUUGCAGCCACGCUAGUGAUUUCAAUCAGCUCUGGAGGGCCCGUCACCCUGCUCUAUGGCAUCGUCCUUAUUUUCGUUUUAGGAGGCGCAUGUGCGUUGAGCAUGGCUGAGAUUGCAUCCGUCUAUCCUACCGCCGGGGGACAAUACCACUGGACAAGCAUCCCAGCACCCAGACGGUACAGCCGUGGACUGAGCUAUUGUUGCGGCAGUAUCAACUUCCUAGGUUGGAUUGCCAAUGGAGCGGGCUUCAUCAUUCAAAUGCCAGUCAUCAUUCUUUCGCUCGCAUCGUACCUCGAUCCUACGUAUAUCCCAGAAACAUGGCACAUCUUUCUAGUCUUCCAGGCAUUCAAUAUCGCGUUUACAGCGUACAAUAUUUUCCUGAUGAAAAGGACAGCAUGGGUCCACGAUAUUGGCUUUUUUCUUUCUUUGACGGGCUUCUUCGUAAUAACGGUCACAUGCUUGGCGCGCUCGGGACAGAAACAGAAGGAUUCUUUUGUGUGGACCACGUUCGUUAAUGAGAGUGGUUGGUCGUCAAAGGGCAUAGUCUUUCUGACUGGUCUACUCAACCCUAACUUCAUCUACUCCGGCCUCGAUGGCGCCAUACACUUGGCCGAGGAAUGCACCAAUGCUUCAUCUGCGAUACCCAAAGCACUUAUAUCGACGAUAACUAUCGGUUUUGUUUCGGCUUUUACGUUCAGCGUAGCUAUGCUGUACUGCUUCACAGAUCUUCAGCCUGUGCUCUCAUCACCGCUGCCUAUUCUCGAGAUUUGGUCGCAGGCAACUGGAUCCAGCGCAGCAGCAACGACGUUCGUGAUUGUACUCUCUUCUUGCGGAUGCUUCGCUUGUACGGGAGCACUCCAGACGGCCAGUCGACUUACUUGGGCAUUCGCUCGUGACAAUGCCAUUGUAUUCUCCCCAUUCCUUUGUAAGAUCCACCCUAAAAUGGGCGUGCCAGUCAACGCACUUCUCGUCAACUGGGCACUCAUCUUCGCUCUCGGUUGUAUAUUUCUAGCGUCUUCGACGGCUUUCAAUGCUCUUGUCGCUACCGGCCUAAUCCUACAGCAAGUGAGCUUUGCCUUUCCAGCCGCUCUAGCUCUAUAUCAUCGGUCACAAGGAGCGGCGGCUUUCCGUCGAGUACUGCCGCGGCGAAAGUUUAACAUGCCGCCCCUCAUUGGUGCCGCUGCCAACAUUUUGACGAUUGUCUUGGGACUAUUGGCGCUGGUGUUCUAUGACUUUCCCGUUGUUAUGCCUGUCUCGGCUUCGAAUAUGAAUUAUGCUUGCGUGGUUCUCGGGGUUAUGGGUCUCUUUUCUGUCGCGAAUUGGUUUGGGUACGCGAACAAGAGGUAUAGAGGACCUAGACUCAACCCAGUGUAUUAG